AUGCUCGACCGUGUGCCCAAAGCCCCUCCCAAUGAGGAUGAGGUUCGUACUACCGACCGUGUACGGGUUCAUGUACGCAGACCCGCGCCCAUACUUAUUUUCGUAUUGGUUGCAGAAGAUGGCUUCGAUCCCACAUCUGUUGAGCUUCGCCCAUCUAAAACAAGUAUUGGUCGCGUCUAUCUGCGUGCUCCUGUCGAGGUCGUGAGGGGCAUCAACAACGCCGGUCCCCCUCGAGUUCCUGCACAUUGA